AUGGUAUUUCUAGCAAACUUGGAAGGCCAAGGCCUCGUUUUCACCUAUGGUCUUUUUGGCGUGCAACAUGACGAACUCACGGCGGAAAAGAAGAAAACAAUUUCAGCUCUCUACUCCCUGUUGAGCCAAUCUGCCAAUCGAGUUGAUCACUUACAGGACGAGAGCCAUGGCGUGCCUCGCGAAGGCCCGAAAUGCACCACUUUUGUGGCAUACUGGUUGAAAUCUAGCGACUACGAGAAGUGGAAGACAACGGACGAAGUGAAACAAUUUUGGGACAACCUGCCUGAUGAUGCCGGUGUUUGGCGGGAGGUGAUGACGGUCCCCAAGUCUCGUUACAUGUUUGCAGCGAACCAACACGAGACGUCUGGCAUGGCCACAAUGCUGGGGCUCAAGGACAGUACUGAUGAGGCAUACUGGGGCGUCUACCGUCAUCGGCUCAGCGCAAAUCCCGACGAGUACACGGACCCGACUGAUACCUUCACAUCACCACUUGUCACGAAUUGGAAAGCCAAGCCUGACACAAGCAAGAAAGUCGUGGAUCUGUCCAAAUCGUCGCUGUCCAACAAGGUCAGAUACGGAAGGGUCAAGAUCAGCAAGAUCCCCGAUAACCUGUGCUACUGUCGAGAAGGCCAGAGACAGCCAAACCUGCCUCCCGAAGAGCUUGAAAUGUGGAAGGAAAAGCUGGCGCCGCACGCUCUAGCUUGGAUGCAACACCUCGACACGGAGCGCAACAAGAACGGGGUGGUCUCGUUCACGUUCAACAUCGCACAUCUGAACCCCAAGCCGACCUUGGAGCCAGGGACCGACCUGGAAGUGGACACCGAUGCCAUUGCCGAGACGAACCAGUUGAUGUACCUGCUCGAUCUCGCCCAUUUCGAGUUGGCCGGCCGCUCUUUCAAAGACCACGUCAAGCUGCGACAGACGACGUUUGAAAUGUACGGCCCGGGAGGUCCACACAGCGCAAAUGGCAAACUCUCGAUCUGGGUUGAGCUUUGCAUUUUGAAGUCGGGCGACAUGGACGCCGAAUACGUUGGAUGCAGGGAAGGGACUGGGCUGAUGAUAUUGGAGGGUGUGUAG